UCAUUGACGUCACUUUUUUGGAUGCCAGACACUCCAAAGCGUAAGAAAGCUACACCCAACAAGAAUUUUAGCGGUCAGCGAAAAAUUGGUUGCACUGUGCUGCAGUGAAAUGCGUCCGAGAGGAAACGGCAGUUAGGCUGAAAUAAUGUUCUGAACCGUUUUCGGCUAGCGAAGCUUGUCGCUGCGAACAAAGACACCCGGAAGUUAGCGACCCACCGCUAAGCUUUAGCAGAUCUCAAAGCGUAAAGUGUGGUUGUGUGAAAAUGUGUAAAGUCCAAAUGCUGAGAGCGUUAGUGAAUCGGCGGCUAACCGCGGCUGUUGAAGAAAUAUUUGUCGUGUUGGAAAGAACGAUAGCGGAGUACGAGGAGGAACUUAGUCGAACAAAAGACGAGAACGAGCGACAACGUCAACUACUGGACGCUGUUUUCAAGCAUCCUCACGUUAUGUUACACAGAGCAGAUGUUAGUGAAGAAGGCCUACACACUGAACAGCCGGAUGGGGCCUCCAAGAUGAAGCAGGAGGAGCCAAAGUGCCCCCGCGUUGAGGAAAAAGUGGAGCCGCAGUGCCUCCACAUUAAAGAGGAAGAGGAGGAUCACAGCAUCAAUCAGGAGGGAGAACAUCUUGAUGAACUGGAGGGGUUGACGGUGAUCGGCGUCGAUGUGAAGAGUGAGGAUGAUGAAAGUGAGGAGAAGAGAGAGGUGGAGCCUCCAAGCAGCAGCUCAACUCAACACACGACAACAGAAGCUGAUGGAGACCCCUGUGAAGGAUCACAAGACGACAACGUCUUCGCUCCACUAUCCGAUGGCGACGACGCCACACCGCACCACACUGAGACGGAUGAUGAAGACUCGACAGCUGAUAUGACACGUUGCACUGACAACACAUGCUGGAAAUGCUCUCAGUGCGACAAAACCUUUGUUGCCAAGAGAAAUCUUAUCAGACACCGGAGACGUCACACGGGAGAGAAACCUUUAACCUGCUCCGUUUGUGGUAAAAUAUUCUCUAAGCAAUCAGAUUUGAAAGUGCACACAAGAGUACACACUGGUGAGAAACCAUUUCCCUGCUCGCUCUGUGGUAAAAGGUUCUCUAUUAAAGGUAAUUUAAUAGCACACACAAGAAUACACACGGGGGAGAAACCGUUUGCCUGCUCGCUUUGUGGUAAAAGAUUCUCUAUUAAAUGUCAUUUAAAAACACACGCAAAAGUGCACACUGGAGAGAAACCUUUUGCCUGCUCACUCUGUGGUAAAAGGUUCUCUAUUGAAUCUCAUUUAAAAAGACACUCAAAAGUACACACUGGAGAGAAACCUUUUGCCUGCUUACUUUGUGGUAAAACAUUCUCUAUUAAAUAUUAUUUAAAAAGACACACCAGAUUACACACUGGGGAGAAACCUUUUGAUUGCUCGCUUUGUGGUAAACGAUUUUGUACUAAAAGUUAUUUACAAAAACACGCAAGGAUACACACUUAAGGCCCUGUAAUUUCCACAUUUCCAACGGAACUGCAGAAUCGGCCGAUUAAAACUGAAUCUACUGUUAAAUGUUUAAUCUCGCAGAUUUUUAUGUAGUGAGCUAGAAAUUAUGUAAGUGUGAGGAGAAAGAAAGUUUCUGUGGGGAAAUAUGCAUGUACGGCUAACUUAGUUUGCACUGGCCAGCAUAGUUUAGCAGAGCAUGCUAGUGUGUGUGUGACACUCAGGUGGUAUGAGCUGUUUUCUACUUUUAAAAAUAACGUGUUGGCUUUCUGGCUGUUUUUUUCCACUACAAAUAUUUCUUGAGUGACUGUAAUAAAGUGUGCUGUUUUGUCGUUCAAUAUUAAAAACCUAUGUAUUUGUCAAGUUGUUACACUUCAAUGCCACCAGAUGGCGCUACUGUUAGGCAUCUGUGAACUAUGUCUUUUGAGUUGAGGAGCCGUCUGUUGUGCUGGUGCCACGCUGGGGACUAAAUGUUUGCCUCCCGCUAUGAAAU